GAAGCUACUCCUCCCUCCCCACUCUCUCAUCUCCUCGCGCGCGCCCUGCCCCGCCCCACCCCGCCCUAAUCGAUCCCAAAACCUAGCUUUGAGAUACGGGUAGGGCUUCGACCCCGCUCCCCCGUCCAUCUCCCCAAGGAGUCCAACGUUCGCCGGCCCCGGCGCCGGUCUGGAGGAGUGGAGAAGGUGGAGGCGUCUGUAACGGGGCGUGAGGCCAAGUGGAGGCGUGACAGAUUCGAUUUGUCUGCCCGUGUCGAUGCCCUGUCCGAAUUUAUGGAUGCCGAAGAGCCGACCGUGCCACCCCGAGAAGGGGGAGGAAGACCAGGAGGAGGCGAGGAGGCCUUCACCUGUCUCUGCUGCAGCCCCUCUUGGGUCCCCUCUAUGGCCUGGCGGUUGUCCCUGAAGCGGAAGCUGGACGAGAGGGACGCAGAGGCCCGCUGCCUGUCGUGCGCUGGCGUCGGCGUGGCCCGGGUGGAGACCGAAAGCGAGGCGAUGGCCCUCCGCGAGGCCCUAGUCAACCACCAGCAGUCGGUCCAGAAGCUUCAGGCGGAGCUGGAGGAGGAGCGGAGCGCUGCGGCGUCCGCCGCCACGGAGGCCAUGUUGAUGAUCCUACGGCUCCAGCACGAGAAGGCCGAGGCCCAGAUGGAGGCCCGCCAAUUCAAGCGCCUCGCCGAGGGCAAGAUGGCCCACGACCAACACGAGAUUGCCGCCCUCGAGGAUCUCCUCUACAAGCGCGACCAGACCGUGCAAUCCCUCUCCUACGAGGUCCGGACGUACCGCCACCGCCUUCUCAGCUACGGCAUCGGCAUCGACGGUGGGGUACCUAGCUCUGAGCCACAGACCCCAGACACGGACACGGCCACGGCCGCCUGUUCGGUCCCGCAGUUCGACCUCCUCCAUCAUGGCUAUCCCCCAUCGAGGUGCAACGGGGAUGAUGCCGCCAACCUGGAUAAGUACCAUUCUGGCCCGGAGGUCAUCAAGGGGGAGGGGUUCUCAGCAACCAUGGACUGUGCUUCAAACAGUGGCGGAAGGCAUGAUAUGAGCGACGAAGUGUAUACGGUGGCUGCGGUGCAUGGGGCGAGCGAGGAGUAUGUCAGCACACCAAGGGAGCUCCGAAACAGAAGGGACAUGGCGGGCAGGGUUGAGGAAGCAGAGAUAAGGAAGCUUUAUACGAGGUUGCAGGCGCUUGAUGCCGAUAGAGAGUCCAUGACGCAGACAUUAAUUUCUUUGGGCACGGAUAUGGCUCAGAUGGUGUUGUUGAAACAGAUUGCUCAACAAAUGUAUAAGGAAGUGGCACCAGAGAGGAAAAUAGUCAAGAAACCAUUAUCUUUCAAGGGGUCCUCUCUCAUAUCAACGAUUAAGAGUGUCAUCUCGUUCUUCUGGAGAAAGAAAUCAGCUCGAGUCAAGUACACUUUUGGCUUAUCUCCCACCAACGUUGGCUUAUUGCUGCUCUUGGACAAGUCUUCCCGAAUGAGGCAACUUAGGUCUCUCACAAGAACACAGAGGAGUAGCACCAGCAUUGCACCACCAAGGCCCUGGAGAUGAGUGUCUUUUUGGGGAAAGAUCCUACAGUGUGCUUGUUGAAGCUGCAAAUUAGAUUCUCAAGAUCAUGCGGCAAUAGUAUGUGUUUUCCCUUCCAACAAACACAAUUCGUAGACUGAUGGAAAUGAACGAACAGAUCUCACGAACAGGUUCAUGUUUCAAAAGGACCUGUACCAUAUUGCUUGUCCCAAUAGCUCAUUGAUAUCACGUAUCUAAGGUGCUUUAAAUGCUGGCUUCUUACCC